AUGUAUAUUUGCUUUCGCAUAUUCAACCCAUAUUUGUAUCAAAUACACAGUCUUAGGAAUUCAAUUUACCAUUUUUCGACAAUAAGCAAGAUUAUAACCGCUAAUUCUCAGAAUUUAAUCUCCAAAUCCAUUCUUACUCCCAAUCACAAUGUGCCAAUUGACCAGAUUAAACUAAUAGACUUUACUAUAACACCGGAAUAUUUGGAAAUUGAACAUGAUUGCAAAUUUUCCAGUGCUGAUUUACACAAUUUAACGCGCGAUAAUACAGAAUCUAGCAAUACAUCACAUUAUAAACAAAAUUAUACAUCAAGUUGCAAUUUAGACGAAACAAUCUUGUCUGUGACACAAAAAAUAACCCCUGAUUAUUCAAUAUUCACCAAUCAAUUGGCGGAAUUGUCUAGUUACUUGUGUGAAAGACUUAAACCUUUACUGGGCAACGAUGCCUCAUAUCACUUCUAUGGUUCGACAGCUACCCGCCUUUACACCUACAAUAGUGAUAUAGAUUUAUCUAUAAACCUGCCCUGCACUAAACCCAGGCAGGCCCAACUCAAACUAUUGCGUAGGAUUGGCGAGUACCUGAAAAAAAUUUAUCCACAGAGGAUAACUGAGGAACGAUUUACUGCUAGGGUUCCACUCCUUCACUGGUCUAACGGUGCAAAUAGCGGAAAUAAUUGUGCUGUAGAUAUUUGCAUUAACAAUCACCUGGGCAUAGCAAAUUCGGCAUUAGUGUCAAAGUAUGUGGGUAUUGAUGACAGAGUAGCAUCAUUGAUUAUUGCAAUAAAAAAAUGGGCCAAAAGCAGGGAUAUCAAUAAUAAAUCCCGAGGAUCACUCAGCUCAUUUGCACUUGUUUUAAUGGUUAUCCAUUACCUACAAAAAGUUGUUACACCGCCAAUACUACCAUUUUUACAGGACAUAGCCAUUUCUAAUAACAUAAUUCCUAAUUUCAUCUCUGGAUUUGACUGUAGAUAUGCAUCCGAUGAUCUUUUAAGAAGAGGAUUAGCUGAAAUGCACGACAAUUAUGGCAAAAACAUUCAAUCCCUUGGCCAAUUGUUACUGGGUCUAUUUAGGUACUAUUGUCAAAGAACUAGCGAUUCUCCAAUCAUUUCAAUAAAUCAGUUGGGGCGCUUCAAGUCGGAAUUGUAUGAAUUUUCACUAAGAUAUUUUGUGGAAAACCCCUUCGAACCAGGGAUAGACGUGGCGAAUAUACCCUUCAAUAUGGAAUCUAAAAUAGGUUACGAAUUUUCACGUGCUUACAACAUCUUACAAUCUGGCGGUACUUAUCCUUCCAUACUAUAG